CCUGCCUGCCUAGAUCCGCGGUUCAUUCUGGGCUCUUUCCACCCGCCCUCGCCAGCGGACCGGAUCGUGCGGUUUGGCCUUAGCAUCCUUCCCUUCUUUCCCAGGUUCCAUCUUAGGAUAAAUGACAGUGGAGCUGGAAAGAUCAAAGAAUCAAGAGAACUGCCAGUGGAUCGAUGCUGAGCUCUUGAGUUACAAUUGGCUGACUAGAUUUUUUCCGCACUCUAUCCAAGGAGUAUCUUCACCUUGAACAAUGUUGUCUCUGGACCAGAUCCACACUGAACCACCCCAAACACCCAAGGAAUUGGAUUGGGCAGAACAGAGCUUUCUUCCACCACUGAGUCCGCUGCGCAGUGCCCGGCACCGAGAUACACUCCUGGAUAGCAAAAUUAAUCCUGAGGAUGCACAGGCCAGGGCCUGGACAGCAUAUUACUAUGACCUGUUGCAGUGCAGUUUACAGCAGCAAGGGCUCCCAGAAACCAUCGAUCUCACCAAGGAGCCCCGGUCAGGAUUUGGACCCUCAGAUAUAACCAUCUGUGUCUUGGGUUGCCCUGCUUCAUAUCUGUCAGUGCUUCUGGAAUGUGGCAACCAGUGUCCUGGUAACAUGCUGCUGUGCUUGUCACCAGCCUGGCUCUCCAAGGUUCCCUCAGAAACUCACCCUGGUGAGUCAUCUUUAUACGUACUGAAGGCUGUGACAUUUGAGCUUGGUGGCCGCACAGUGCUGGAAGAAUUUUCUUCCCCACGUCGGGUCAGCUACUUCACUGGGAGCUUUGGACCCUGCAAGUUGCAGGGCCAGUCAGCAGCAGAAUUAGCCCGAGAUCUUGAUUGCCCCACUGGAGGUUCGGGAGAGUUGACUCGCCUGCUAGAGGACAAGUUGCUGACCCGGCAGCUGAUGGAUCAGAAGGGAGAAGUAGCUGUACCCCCCACCCUGGCCUUCACCUUCAAGCGCCCAAUGCUCCUGCGCAAUGUGACAGAAGAGCAACACAUCCAUGUGGUUGAAUUGAGUGGCCGGGAAGGACAAGACAACCUUCUGCAGGAGGAACUUAAAGCCUUCUUGCAAGGUGGUGCAAUGGAGUCCUACAAACAGGUGGUGGUGAAGCCCUCAGGCUGGCGCUGCAAUGGAACCCAAACUGUAUCAUUUCAUGACAAGUCAGAACAUGGAAGUGUUCUGCAGGUGGUCCUCACCUUACUGGAGACUCUAGAGGAAGACGAGAGCAUUUUGCUGGAGCCUUUCAUUCCUACUGCUCACAUCAUCCAAUCUGGGCCUUUAGUUACAAACAACUCCUCAGUUCCAGGCAACAUAUCUCUGCAGCGCAACCUGGCAAUCCGAAUAUGUGCUAUUGUAUGCAGGUCCCGAAAAGACCAGCCUCUGCUAAGCAAGGUAAUAUGUGGUGUAGGUCCAGCAAAUAAGCCACUGAAACACCAGACCACCGUGCCUCAGAGUCUGGAAAGCAGCCUACACCACUGGGGACUGAAAGAUGAGGUCCAAAUUGCUGCAAUCUAUGCCCAAAUUAAGAAAAAAGCAGAGGAUGCCAUGAAAGCCUUCAUGGAUAUGGAGACUAGUCUAUCAGUUGAGCAGAAAGGUGGUCGCCGGGCACAAACUGACAUUAUUGGGGUGGAUUUUCUUCUGAGCUCAAAGGACCAGGUGUUGCAAUUGGUAGCCCUGGAGAUGAACUCACAGCUGUGCCUGGAGACUUGCUCAGCCCUUGAAUCCAUGGGCCGGAUGGUGGGGGCCCCAGGAAGCGAGACAGCACGCGCCUUGGUGGAGACAAUGCUGCAUCGUGCACAGUGCCACCUGAUGGAGGGCAAACAUGUGCUUGUGAUUGGGGCCGGCGGAUUCAGCAAAAAGUUCGUCUGGGAGGCUGCCAGGGACUACGGGCUAAAAAUCCACCUGGUGGAGACCGAUCCCAACCAUUUUGCCUCCCAGUUGGUGCACACCUUUAUCCACUAUGACACCACAGACCACACGAGGGAUGAAGAGCAUGCCCGGAAACUGCUGGGGCUUAUUCAGGAGAGGGGGCUGCAUCUGGAUGGCUGCCUGUCCUACUGGGAUGACUGUAUGGUCUUGACAGCGCUGAUCUGUGAAGGGCUGGGCCUGCGCUGCAGCUCCUCAACUGCCAUGCGAGUGGCCAAGCAGAAAAGCCGCACUCACCAGCACUUGUUGCGGCGAUGCAAGGAGGGGUCCCGUUGGUCCUCCGCGGCCCUCUAUGCUGUGCCAUGCUGCCACCUGGAGAGCCAUGCGGAUGUGGAGCGAGCCGCCAGCCACAUUAAUUUCCCAGGUGUCAUGAAGCUGGAGUAUGGGGCUGGAGCGGUAGGGGUAAAACUGGUAGAAGAUGCCCAGCAAUGUCAUCUGCACUUUGACAAGAUCACACAAGAUCUAAAGGAUGACUCGGAUUAUUUAGGCAUUGGGUUGGGUUGGGGCAAUAACAUGCUAUUGAUGGAGUAUGUCUCAGGCACUGAGCAUGACGUAGAUCUGGUGAUAUAUGAGGGACGGAUGCUGGGGGCAUUUGUGUCUGAUAAUGGGCCCACCAGGGUGCCCAACUUUACAGAGACGGCAGCCUGCAUGCCCACCUGCCUUCCCCCUGAGAGUGAAGCACAACUUAUCCAUGCUGCUUAUCAGUGCUGCUUAGGUUGUGGUCUCACUAAUGGUGUCUUCAAUGUGGAGCUCAAGUUGACAGCUGCAGGCCCCAAACUUAUUGAAAUCAAUCCUCGCAUGGGGGGCUUCUACCUCCGUGAUUGGAUUCGGGAGAUCUAUGGAGUAGACAUCAUGCUAGCUUCUGUCAUGGUUGCCUGUGGAGUGGCCCCAGUCCUGCCCACACCCUCCCGUCCCCGUACAAACCUAGUGGGAGUGAUGUGCUUAGUGUCACAGCAUCUCCAGGCUCUCAAAUCCACAGCUAGCCUAGAGAUACUUCAGGCCCUACAUGAGCGUGGUGUCAUCCGCCUCAACCUGCUUGAAGAUGAGAUCGUGUCUAAAGAAUAUGAGGAGCCUUAUUGCAAUGUGGCUUGUACCAGUUCUAGUCGCCAUGAGGCCUGUGUCAAGCUACUAGGCAUCUGCCAGGUGCUGGGCAUUGACUCUCUGCAUUACCCUGUUGCUUACUUUCUCUCUCACUUCAAAUAGCCUUGGCGAUUCAGCUCCCUCAAGUUGGAGCUGAACUUGCAUGUGUGUGAGAAAGAGAGUGAGUGAGUGAGAGAGAGAGAGAGACUUGUCUAUUCCUUCUAAAUUAUCCCUUCAUUAUUCCUAAGUUUUCACCAAUGGAGUUUGCAUUACACAAACUUCCUACUUACUAGUCUUUUUGAAGCUAUCUUUGGGAAGUGCUCACACCUUGAAAGGAUUCACUUCUUUUAGGAAAGGAUUAUAAACUAUGAAGUCCUCCCCUUCUUCUACCCUCUGUGUGAGGAUAUUUUCUUCUAUUUUAUUUGUGCUUCUGAAGAAUCGUCCUGGUCCCAGCCCCUGGUCUCUAAAUUACUCCUGCACUGGGCCAUAGAUAAUGUGAAGUUCUAGGGUCUUCAUUUUCUCUUUCUUCCACUGAAAAGGGGAAGCUCCUUUAAGAUACCCCC